AGAGAGACCCAAACCCGAUCCCGAACUGGGGCAUUCCGUUCACGAGCUCUCCGCCUCUCUCCUCCUCACCAAUUUUCGAAACAGCGAGAGCCAAAAAGACAAGGCGCUCCUCCUCCUCUCAGAUUAGAAACCCCAGCGAGAGAGAGAGAGAGAGAGGGAGAGAGAGAGAGAGAGAGGGAGGUGCGUGAAUUGGCGGCCGAUCUGGCCCGGGGAUGGGGGCAGCGGAGGAGCAGCUGAAGGAGCUCGGGGAGAAGCUGGAGGCGGCGCCGCCGGACCCGGCCGACGACCUCGCCAAGCUGCUCGAGCAAGCUGCAGAAUGCCUACAUGGAGUAGAGCAGUCACCAGGUCCCUCAGUGAUGGAAACUAUCCAACCAUGUCUAAAGGCUGUUGCCAGAGAUGAAUUCUUGAAACACCACGAUGAAGAUGUCAAAGUACUAUUGGCAACAUGCUUCUGUGAAAUUACAAGAAUAACUGCUCCUGAAGCUCCAUACAGUGAUGAUGUCUUAAGGGACAUGUUUCAUCUGAUUGUGGAUACAUUUAGUGGACUCAAUGAUGUUAAUGGUAAAUCCUUUGGCAGGAGAGUUGCUAUUCUGGAAACAGUUGCGAGAUACCGAGCAUGUGUUGUCAUGUUAGACCUUGAAUGCAAUGAUCUAAUUGCAGACAUGUUCCGAUCUUUUUUAGAAAUUAUCAGUGACAAUCAUGAGCCAAAUAUUGUAAAUUCAAUGCAAUCAGUAAUGGCCCUAAUUAUAGAUGAAAGCGAGGAUAUAGAGGAAAGCCUUCUCAAUGUACUUCUAUCAACUUUAGGCCGGAAAAAAACUGGUGUUUCUUUGCCUGCACGCAAGCUUGCUCGCCAUGUUAUAGAGCACUCUGCAGGAAAACUUGAACCAUACAUAAGGAAGAUUCUGACAUCAUCCUUGGAUGGGGAUGGUACUUCUACCAAUAAUAGCAUUGACCAUCACGAAGUCAUAUUUGAUUUGUACCAGUGUGCUCCAAAGGUUCUUAAAGUGGUGGUACCUUAUAUAACUGGGGAACUGCUGGCAGAUGAAGUUGAAACUCGGUCUAAAGCAGUUGAAAUACUUGGCGAACUUUUCUCUUUACCUGGAAUCCCUAUCUUGGAAUCAUUUAAAUCUCUUUUCGAUGAGUUCCUGAAGAGAUUGACUGACCGAGCUGUAGAAAUUCGUGUUUCUGUAAUUGAGCAUUUGAAAAAAUGUCUGAUGUCAAACCAUUCCCGUCCUGAAGCUCAAGAGAUUAUCAAGGCACUUUGUGACAGAUUGUUGGAUUAUGAGGAAAAUGUGAGAAAGCAAGUGGUAGCUGCUAUUUGUGAUGUAGCUUGCCAUUCACUUGGUGCAGUCCCAGUUGAAACUAUCAAACAAGUUGCGGAGCGUGUCCGUGAUAAAUCAGUUUCUGUGAAGUGCUAUACCAUGGAGAGAUUGGCUGACAUCUACAAGUUCUAUUGCCAGAGUGGUUCUGAUAGCUCAGUAAAUUCUGAUGAUUUUGAGUGGAUUCCUGGAAAAAUAUUAAGAUGCCUCUAUGACAAAGAUUUUAGACCAGAGUCAAUUGAAUCAAUUUUAUGUGGUUCAUUGUUCCCACCAGAGUAUCCAACAAAGGAAAGAGUGAAACAUUGGGUAACUGCUGUCACACAUUUCGACAAAGUUGAGAUGAAAGCUCUCGAGCAAAUUUUUCUGCAAAAACAGAGGCUACAACAAGAAAUGCUGAAGUACAUGUCCCUUCGACAGACAAGCCAGGAAGAUACCCCUGAUAUGAAAAAAAAGAUCCUGGGGUGUUUCCGGAGCAUGUCUCGUUUGUUCAAUGAUCAUACAAAGUCUGAGGAGUACUUGAACAUGCUUCAUCAGAUAAAAGAUGCCAACAUCUGGAAUAUAUUCACAAGCUUGCUUGAUUGUUCAACAACAUUCAACGAAGCUUGGUCUCUUCGGGUUGAUUUGCUAACGAAACUUGGUGAAAAACAUGCAUUACAUGAUUUUGUGAGCACGUUGUCGAUGAGAUGCUCAUAUUUACUUGUGAACAAGGAAUAUGUCAAAGAGAUCCUUUCUGAAGCUUCUGACCAAAAAUCUACUGGGAAUACAAAACUUAUGUCAUCAUGCAUGGAUCUUUUAACGGCAGUAUCUAGUUUCUUCCCUUCACUUUUGUCUGGACUUGAAGAAGAUAUCAUUGAGCUCCUGAAGGAGGAUAAUGAACUACUUAAAGAGGGUAUUGCUCAUGUUCUGUCGAAGGCUGGUGGCAACAUUCGUGAACAACUAGCUUCAUCAAGUUCCAUUACUCUUCUACUAGAGCGGCUAUGUUUGGAAGGAACACGGAAGCAGGCAAAAUACUCUGUUCAUGCUUUGGCUGCUAUAACAAAAGAUGAUGGCCUGAUGUCUCUAUCUGUUCUUUACAAGAGGCUUGUGGACUUGUUGGAGGAAAAGAAAGUGCAUUUGCCAUCCAUCUUACAAUCCUUGGGGUGUAUAGCUCAGAUAGCAAUGCCAAUUUUUGAAACAAGGGGAGAAGAGAUAAUAAAUUUUAUAACUAAAAAAAUUCUUGACUGCAAUGAUGUAAGACUUACGCUCUUUAAAUUUCUCCUUUCCUUCUCCAUUUUAUUUCCAUUUUUAUUGCAAUUCGGAGUGCAUCACCAGGAUUCGGGCGACGUUUCUGCUCAUAAAUCUGAAUGGAGUGAUAGUACUCAAAGUUGUUUAUUGAAGAUUUAUGGCAUUAAAACUUUGGUGAAGAGCUGUCAACCUUGCAAAGAUGCUCAAGCACAUCCGGGAAUUGAAAAAUUAAUGGGCAUCCUUAAGAAUAUCCUUACAUAUGGUGAUAUUUCUGCAAAUAUGAUUUCAAGCACUAUUGAUAAGGCCCAUUUGAGGCUGGCGGCAGCAAAAGCUGUUCUCCGCUUAUCAAGACAAUGGGACCACAAAGUGCCUGUUGAUGUAUUCUAUUUGACUCUCAGGAUUUCACAGGAUGAUGUUCCUCAGGUGAGGAAAUUAUUUCUUAGUAAAGUACAUCAAUAUAUUAAGGAAAGGGCCUUGGAUGCAAAAUAUGCUUGUGCUUUCUUGUUAGCUAUGGAUGAUUAUCAUGCCCCACAGUAUGAAGAGUUUAAGCACAACAUAAUUGAGGUUGCGCAGAUAUGCCAGCAAGUUAAGAUGCGCCAACUUUCUGUCCAAGCGGAAACAAAUGUGCUCACUGCUUAUCCAGAAUAUAUGAUUUCCUAUUUGGUUCAUGCCCUCUCUCAUGAUCCAUCAUGUCCUAACAUUGAAGAGCAUGAGGAUGUUGAAGCAUUUGGUCCAAUUUACUGGCGAUUGCAUCUGCUUCUUUUGAUCCUCCUGGGGGAAGAGGGUUUGCAGCACAGUGUACCAGGCAUGAAAAAGGAGAGCUUCACAACAAUAGUAUCUAUAUUUAAAAGUAUCAAAUAUUCCCAAGAUGUGGUUGAUGUUAACAAGACCAAGACACUGCAUGCUAUUUGUGAUCUUGGUAUCCUUAUUGGAAAGAAAUUAUGUCAAGAGCAGAUAAAUAUAUCAGAAGCUCAAACAGUUUCACUGCCCAGUCAACUUUAUGCGCCAGUUCAGAAGGAUCAGAAUGAAAAUUCUGUGGAGAGUGAUGAGCAGAUAUGGCCGGGUUGCGAGAAUGUGUUGGCCCAUUUUGAGGCUCUUAUGACAGCAAAGUCUGCUGAGGUUGAAUCUCCCAAGGAUAAGAUGCUUAUAGAUGAGACUGAUGAAUUUGGUAAUGAAGUUCCUCUAGGAAAAAUUGUGAAAAUUUUAAAAUCUCAAGGAGCAAAAAAGGCUGGGAGAAAGCAGAAGACAAAAUCUGGUUCAAUAAACAUGGAAAAAGAUGAUGAUGUCUUGGGACUGGUUAGAGAAAUAAACUUGGACAAUCAAGAAAAUUUGGGGGAAUCAGAAAAGAGCAAACCAAAGAAAAAGCGGAUGGAUGCAAAAGAGAGUAAUGACAAGCCUGUAGAUUUUUCAACACCAAAACGCAAGAGAUCAGUUUCUAAGAGUAGACCACAUUCAACGAAAGGCAACAAAUACAGUGAUGAGCUUCUACUGCAGUCUGUUGACCCAGAUGAAACUAUCAACUCAUUUGAAAAUAAGGUUGAGGGGGCCAAAAAAAGAGAUGACUCGGUUGAUACUGAGUUGGUAACAUCGCCUGCUAGUGUUAAAACCCCUGUAUCCAAAGGGAAAAAGGGUGCUAAGAAGCCCCACGCUGAAAUCUUGAGUAGUAGUCCAAAGAAGUCUGAUGAGGCAGGCAGUAGUAAGCGAACUGUUGAUUCGGGAAGUUUAAAUGGGUCGAUCAAAAGGCAGAAGCCAAAAUUGGUUUCUGGUCUAGCAAAGUGCACAACACAUGACACAGGCAGUGAGGACCUGAUUGGAAAGAGAAUAAAAGUUUGGUGGCCGUUGGAUAAGAAAUUUUAUGAAGGUGUUGUGGAAUCUUUUGAUUCAUCAAAAAGAAGACACACGGUGCUAUAUGAUGAUGGAGAUGUUGAAGUGCUUAACCUAGCUAAAGAAAAGUGGGAAAUUGUUGCAAGUGAUGACCCGCCUGUAAAGGCCCGAAAAAAGGAUCAUUCAGGGAGAAACCAAGGACGAGCUCAGGAUAAAAGCAUUACCAGCAGCAAGCAAACUCCGCCGCCUGAACAAGAGAAGUCAAAAAAGAGGCCCUCACCCCCAAAGAGGAAAGGCAAACCAAAAGGACUGCCGAAAAACAAACGCAGAAAGAUAGGGGGUAAAAGUUCUGUUGAUGCUGCCGGUGAUGCGAAUAUUGAUUCGGAUUCAUCAAGUUCUCUCGCACACUCAGAUUCUGAUAAUGAUAAAAAAUCUGAUGGACGCAAUGAGAAAGAAGUAGUAGUAGCCAAGAAAGCAAAAGCUGAGAAAGUGUCUGGCAAAGGUGAUGAGCCAAAAGAGGAGGAACCUGAUGACCAUAAUUUAAACAGCAAGGAGGAAUCUGACAACGAGACUCUUAGUGUCUGGAAAAAACGCACAGCUAAAGCAACAUAGGCUUUGCUUUCUCGGUUGAUUAUUCUUCGUAGGAUGCAGAUUUCACGGGCAGCGGAUGGGGAUGUGGAUAUCUCAUUUAAUUGACCUUGGAAUUGACAGUUGUGAUGUAGAAAAUGUUCUUUGCAAUAGCAACAGGUUUAGUAUAGAAGAGCAGUGGAAUAGGAUUUGCUUCUAAUGUUACUAGAUGCUAGAACUUGUUUCCAACUUAAUUAGCUAUGGCAUUGUGCCCUGGAAUUUCAUUGUAUACGUAUCCUUGAGAGGGCCACAGGUCAUGUAACAUAUCCGUUUAGCAUUAUUUUGCAGGAAUAGUGAUUAUGUGUUAAAACUCAUGUAGAAAUGUUGUAAACAAUAAACAAUGGUUCUUGGAUUGUACUGUACAACUAGAAUGGGCAUCCCAAUUUUGGGGUGCCUUAUUCUGAAGCAGCAGAUUUUGCAUGUAGAA